GCGAUGAAGAUGCUGCUCGGCUGCUCCGUCUCUCUGCUGCUGCUGCUCCUCAUCUGUCUGACUGAACCUGUGGAGAGUGGAACUCUGCAUCUGAACAGCUGCUCUGUCAAUGUUCACAUGCAUGAACUGCGCAAAUAUUACACUGACAUACGAUCAAAUGCGAUAUCAGAAGACAGUGAAAUUGGAGUGAAACUUCUGGAUAAAUCAUUAAUGAAAGAUCUUCAGGAGGGUCAAACGUGCUGCUUCAUACGCCUGGUGCUGCGUUUCUAUGUGGAGAGAGUUUUCAGCAACUACGCCUCUUCUCAUCCGCAGCAGCAGCGCUGCUCCAGCGCUCUGGCCAACGCUUUCAUCAGCAUCAGAAGAGAUAUACACAAAUGUCACUGCCUCUGUGAGGAAGAAACCCAGAGAAAAAUGGACUCUGUGCACGCUGAGUUCAUCAAGCUCCAGAUAAGCCAGGCGGCCCAGAAGGCGGUGGGAGAGCUGGACACCGUGCUGGAGUGGCUGGAGGAACAGAAAACACAAGCAUAAUCGGAAUUCCCAAGCGACUUUUGACCUGAUACUUUCAAAUUUGCUGAUUUCAUUUUUUCUGUCAUUUUGCAUUUCUUUUUUGUACUUGAAUUAAUUUAUCAUGUUGUUGUUGUUUUUUAAUCCACUAACAUGUAUACUGAUAUUUCACUGCAAUAUUUAUACCUAAGACAAUAUAUUUUAGAUGUAUAUUUAUCAGGAAAUGAAAGCUUUUAUGGUGUUGUAUGCGUGC